AUGUGGACCAGUUAUGGAAGUCCGUCAAAAUGAAUUGUCCGUACAACCCCCUGGAUAUGAUUCAGCUCCAGAUAAUCUUGAAUAUGGACUACCGGUGGAGCUUCAUGGAUAUAGGCAAUUUCCAGAAGUGUCAGGCUAUGGACCUAUUCCAGAAUUACAUACACAUGGGUCCGAAUUAGAAGUAGUUGGAUGUGGAGUGUUUACAGAAAUUCCCGGACAUGGGCCAGUGCCAGAAAUUAUUGAAUCUAGAACGUUGACAAAAUUCUCUGCAUAUGAGCUAUCGUCAGAACUGUCAGGAGAGAGGCCAGCAGAAGUAGUGCCUAAACCUGAAGCACGACAAGAAGAAUUAGAAUAUCUGCCAGAAUCAGGAAUGCUCAAACACGAGCCUUCAGAUAAAAGAAUAUUACAAACAGACGUCCCUCUGUCAUCAGAUACUCCUGCAUCUUUAUCAAUUCCAGCUGUCAUUGAUGAAAACUGUGCUGAAGAUUUCAAUGAAGAUACGAAUAUUUUACAACGUAACAAAGUGGAAAUAGAUACAAAGAUAAUCGUUGAGAGUACAACCACUCAUAUAUCUGCUGAUUCAGAUUACAGAGAAUUAAAUUCAGUUAAGGAUCAGGAUUUUGUAUUGCCUUCAGAACAAAUAACAGCAUCGGUUAUUGAAGAUUAUGUUGACAGGCCUUUGAAAAAGGCAUUCAUAUAUUUAGAAAAAUUUUCUUUGGUAAAAGAAAUAAUUUAUGAGGAAGAUGAAUGUGACAUCGAGAAUGAUUUAUUGGAAAAUGAUGCAAACGCCGUAUUUAGUGAAAAUGCAUUUUCUAAUAAUGACGCAAAUGCAAUCGAAGAAAUUGAUGAACUUAAUGUCGACGUCAAUUUAUCAACAUCAACACCAAAUACGAUUGAUAAUAGGAAUGAAAAAUAUGAUUGUAUCAAUGAUAUCUCUGAAACAUUACCAUUCCAGCAAAUAUCAACAAGUGAUAAGGAUGAUUAUGAAUUAGAAAAAUCAUUUAGUGUCAGAGAAUUUGAAGAAGGUAAGAUUACAAAUAGAUGACAUCUUACGUUAUUUUAUUUCUAUCGCUCAACGUUGCUUAAAUUAUGUGAAAAUUGUUAAGUUAAAAUUAUUAUUUCAUUUCAAAAUUG